CACAGACUUCAACUCUCUCUCUCUCUCCUCCCCCCCCCACCUCCUCUUCUUUCUUUAUCCCUGCCGGAUUCCGGCAACAUGGCGACGGAAAAAAAUUCCGGUAAAAUUCGCAGGCGACCUUGCGAUUGAGAUCCGAAAUCGAUUAUUCUCACUUUCUUGAUUUUUGUGUUUGGAUUGAUGGAAAUCAUUCGAGAAAAGGUUCUUGGAAUUCUUGAUCGUUUGGUUUGCCAUGUUUAUUUGUAUUGUGAAUCCGAUGGGGGAUGGCUAUGAGAUUGUUCGAAUUUCGUUUUCGAUAUAGAAAUUGGUAAUGGAGUUUGCCAUGGAAUUUUGACUAUUCUUUAAUGGAGGGGAAGAAGUAGAUCAAUGAAAAUCGAUUACCUGCAAAGAUCGGAAUUGUUUUUUCGGGUAUCGGGUUGAUAGGUUUGGGAUUUGUGUAAUUGGGAUUUUUUUUGGAAUCUGUAUGAAGAAUGUUUUUUGUUUGGGAGUUUUAGUUGGGAUAUACUGAAGUUUUGUUAACAUGAGAAACAUGCCUUCCCAGUUGGCUAAUUAUACGAAGGAAGAAAAGGAAGAGAGAGUAAAUGUUAUUUCGAAUGUGAAUUUGAAGGGGACAACGAAUGAUGGUCGUCGUAGGUGUGGAUCAAGUGACUCGCUUGUCCCCGGUCUUGUUGACGAUGUAGCUUUGAAUUGCCUCGCUUGGGCUUCUAGAUGGGAUUAUGCUUCUCUGUCGUGUAUUAAUACAAGGUUUAAUAAGUUAAUUAAAAGUGGGUAUUUGUAUGGGUUGAGAGAGCAGUUGGGAAUUCUGGAGCAUUGGGUGUAUCUGGUGUGUGAUUUAAGAGGGUGGGAGGCAUUUGAUCCAAUGGGAAACAAAUGGAUGACAUUGCCUAAGAUGCCUUGUGAUGAGUGUUUCAAUCAUGCGGAUAAGGAGUCUUUGGCCAUGGGAAGUCAGUUGUUGGUUUUUGGUCGUGAACUGUUGGAUUUUGCGAUUUGGAAGUACAGUGCAAUACAUCGUAGCUGGAUAAAAUGUCAGGGAAUGAACCAGCCCCGCUGUUUGUUCGGGUCUGGUAGCCUUGGUUCAAUUGCUAUUGUUGCGGGUGGGAGUGAUAGAAAUGGAAAUGUUUUGAAAUCAGCAGAGAUAUAUGAUUCUGUAUCGGGUAGGUGGGAAAUGCUACCCAACAUGCACACUCCACGUAGAUUGUGCACUGGUUUUUUUUGGGACGGCAAGUUCUACGUUAUGGGUGGGAUGUCAAGUCCUACUGACUCGCUUACUUGUGGGGAGGAAUAUGAUCUUGAUAUGAGGAAAUGGAGGAAAAUUGAGGGUAUGUAUCCAUCUGUCAAUAGGGCUGCACAGGCUCCUCCACUUUGUGCAGUUGUUGAUAACCAAUUGUAUGCAGUUGAGUAUGUAACCAACAUGGUGAAGAAGUAUGACAAGGGGAAGAACACCUGGGAUGUUUUAGGAAGACUUCCAGUGAGGGCUGACUCUUCAAACGGCUGGGGCCUGGCCUUCAAGGCUUGUGGAAAGGAACUUCUCGUUGUGGGCGGGCAAAGAGGUCCUGAAGGUGAAGGUAUUGUUCUGAACUCAUGGUCUCCAAAGUCAGGGGUCAAGAAUGGCACCUUGGAUUGGAAAGUUAUCGGUGUGAAAGAGCAUGUUGGGGUGUUUGUGUACAACUGUGCAGUUAUGGGUUGUUGAAGAUUCUUUUUAGAUUUAACACAAAAGAAGGUACUGGUUUCUGCAAUCUGACAUGGCCCUUCCCUGUGCAGUUAUGGGUAGUUCCUUGUGCAUCCAUCUGAUUGACUAGAAUUAAUUGUUGCCGAGAUAGCAUUUCCCUGGCAAAGAAGUUGGUUCUCUUAAGAUGCCUGCAUCUGGAGGUGUUUUAUUCUUCCAUGAUCCUGCAUAAGAUUUGCUCCAAAAAGAGCGAAGUAGGGACACAUGGGUAGGAUGCUCCGCCAUAUUUAU